AUGAAUUUAACAUUAGAAGAAUUUGACGAAGAUUUUGAAUUUAAUUUAAAUAAAAAUAAAGAAAUUGUUAGUUUAAUGAAUUUACCUUUAAUUAAAGCUUUAUUUUUAAUUUUUUAUAUUAUUGUGUUUGUUUUGUGUGUUUUUGGUAAUUCUCUCGUACUUUUAUGUAUUAUUGGUAAUCGUUCAAUGCGGACAGUUACUAAUUUCUUUUUGGCUAAUUUAGCUAUUGCUGAUUUAUUAGUUGGAAUAUUUUGUGUUUGUCAAAAUGCUGUACAUUUUGCUUUAUUCGCCCAUGGAACUUGGCCUUUUGGAAAACUUCUCUGUCAUUUAUAUAUUUAUAUUUUACAUUUAAUUCCAAAUAGUUCUGCUGGAAUUUUAAUUUUAUUGUCUGUUGAACGUUUUAUUGCCGUUUUACGUCCAAUGCUUGUUCAACAUUUAAUGACUAAAUCUGUUUUAAUUUUGUGUACUUUACUUGUUUGGACUUUAUCUAUUUUAAUGAAUAUUCCUUAUUUAAUUGCUGUUCAAUAUAUGGAUCUGUAUAAUCCUGAAAUUGGGCAACAUUAUGGGAUAUGUACUCGUCAUCAUCUUAUUAGGUGGGAUAUAAAUAUUCUUCAAUUAGUUUCUACUGUAAAUUUAAUUGUUUGGUAUAUAUUACCCCUUACUUUAUUAUUCUCUAUUUAUGCAACGAUUGGACUUGUUUUAAUAAAAACAACUGAAGACGAUGCUGUUGUUAGAACUUCACAAGCUUAUCGAAAUUUAUCUACAGCCGCCCCUCCUCAACAAUUAACUAAUUCUUCUAAUAGUACAUUAAUGACUAGACAAAGCAUUGAUUCAGAAUUGAGCUGCGAAGCACGUGCUGGACUUAAUCGACGUGCAGGAAGUUAUAGUGGUGGAAAUAAUGGGAGAAGAAGAACUUUGCCUAAAAUUGAAUUGGUAGAUAGUCGUCGACGUGUUAUUAGACUUUGUGCAGUUAUUGUAUUAGCUUUUGCUUUACUUUCAUUGCCUAGAUAUGUAAAUAUAUAUUUAUAUUUAAAUAAUUGUGUUUAUGUUUACUAUGUAUUAAAGAUUUAUUUAACUUGGUCUGUUUGGAGAGAAGCAAAUGCCCCACGUUGUUUAAAUUGUUUAUCGGCACUAAUUCAACCAACAACUUUUUUAUUAAUGUUUUUUGCUUCAGCAAUUAAUCCAAUUUUAUAUGCAUUUUUAUCACAAAGAUUUAGAGCAGCAAUUAAAGAUACUUUUAGUUUUGGGAAAAGUCAAGCUAAACAAAAAGAGCAAAUGUUACAACUUUUACGUAGUCACCGUUUAUCAACACAAUUAGAAAGGGAUGUUUUUGGAGAACCAAUCCAGCAAGCUACAAGAACAAUGAGCUGUACAAGUUUACAACAACCAAUUAAUGUAGUAAAAUAA